UUUUUGCCUAUUCUUUCUAUCAUCACCAAGAAGCAUGAGUCGUUGUAGAAGCCUAAGUACCAGGGGUGUUAUUAGGCCGAUUGGCAACUGUCGCCAUUCCCGUCUGAGGCUGAUCAGUCGCUGAUGUUGACGGGUCAUCCAUCUCAAUCGCGAUUGCUGUGGGAAGUGCGGAAUCGGCUGUAGGGUUUUCAGAAGGUCCUUCCGUUCCUGCUGGUUGUGAGGGGAAGUGAAGGAUUUGCGCUGUGCCCCAUUAAGUGUUUGUUCAAACAGUGCCGUUCGAUCAAAUGCCAUUCCUCUUCUGUUAGUUACUACAGUUGAUAGAAGUGGGCAUUGCAAAGGUGAUUUGUUACGAUUGGAUAGGCGAACAUUUUGCCCAGUUGAUAGAAGAAAACGUUCCAUUACAUCCGAAGAUAGGUGAAGAAAAUAAAUUUUUUUGAAAAUUUUUUAACAAAUUUAAAGAGAAUCUUCAAUUAAUUCUGGAACUUCUACAUUCUCUAAUUCUGCAGUUAUUUCCUUAGAAAGUACUACAACUACAACAACAAAUUCUUUCGCAACUAAUGGCCAAAAAUUUAAAUUUCCAAUGUUUGGGGGAACACUUGCAAUCAGUUUGAGGAAUGGAGUGGUAUUUUCAACAGAAUGGGGUAAUCUCGAUCAAAUAUUUCAACAAAAACCCAGUCUUAAACAAAAUUUAAAUGGAAAUGAUGAGCCAAAUACAAUUUAUGGAUGUGGAAUUAAUGUUUGGGAAAUGCGAAGACGAAAACUAAUUCAAACUAUUCGACUAAAUCCAGAAGAGGGAGGAUUAUGGCCUGUAUGUAUUAGAAUGUUACAUCAUGCAGAAUUAACUCACGGCUUUGUUUGUACCUCAAUUGGAAGUUCCAUCUAUCAUUUACACAAAUGUACGAGAAGUGGACAAUUUAUAGCUGAUAAAAUUGUUUCUUUUUCUCCCGUCACAAUUGGGCCUACUGACUGGCCAGGAAAUUGUCCAGAAGUCCCAGCAUUCCUCACAGAUAUGGCUAUUUCUAUGGACGAUUUAAAUUUAUAUGUGUGUGCGGCAUUUCAUGGAUUUGUUGCUCAAUUGGAUAUUUCUGAUCCUUUUAGACCUUCUUUGACACAGAAAGUCUUUCUUGGUGGAAUUAUUUACAAAUGUAUUGGUAUCUCCGAAUUAGGCAAAAUGCCUUUGGGGAAAAGUACAAGCACACAAAGGAGUUACAAUACAGAACAAAUAAAAUUAAAUGGAAAAAUAUAUGAAGGUGGGCCUUGUCGUCUUCAAUUGUCUUUAGAUGGAAGACGUUUAUACAUUUCAAAUUCAUUCCUUCGCAAUUGGGAUCAACAUUUCUUUCCAAAAUUGGCAGAAGUCGGUUCUUCAAUUGCUCUUGUACAUAUUGACCCAAGUGGAGAAAAGCCAAUGAAAGGUAAACUAAAUGGGGGAGUGGGGGGGUCAUUUUUAAAAUCAAAGAUCUCGGGAUGGGAAGGGGGUCAAUUUUAAAGGGGGUCAUCAAGGGAACUAAAAGGUGUGUAGGGUUAUGAGGUCGUUUGUGUUUGCUUUGGGAUGGACGCAAACGUUGAGGUCUAUAAAAAAAAUAUUUUUUUAAGUUGAUAAAGAUUUUGGUAUUCGCUUUGAUUUUGAAAAUAAAACAAAUGAACACAAAAAUAAUGGAAAUACCUCACCUUCAAAUUUCGCUUUCUAUGCAAGAGAUAUGCGUUUUCUUGGGGGUGAUUCUACUUCG